UGUGCCCUUGUCUGUGCAGGUGACCUCUAUUCUGUAAUGUCCACGCUGCUAGGCCAGAGCCAGGAUGUAGCUCCUGUUCAUAAGUACAACCCAAGCCAGACGCAGAGAGCCCAGGCUGAGUUGGUGGCUCAGAUUGAUAGCUUAAUACAAAAGAAAGACCUGGGCUUCCCCAGACUAGCCUUCCAGACCAGGGUGGGUCAUGUUUUGGUGAGGGACAGAGUCCACAAAUUCCAUCAGCUUGAGGCCACAACCAAGUCGCCGAGAAGCAAGCUGCUAGCUGAAGACUACCACCUGGAGCAGGUGUCCUCGUGGCCCCACAGCUCCCUCCAGCUGGGUCAGGUCUCUGGUCUGGCCCUGGACUCAGAAGGUAACCUGGUCAUCUUCCACAGAGGAGACCACCACUGGGGCCCAGGCUCUUUCAACAGCCAGGCCCGGUACCAGCAGAGGGCCCAGGGGCCCAUCCAGCAGUCCACCAUCCUGGUGGUGGCCCUGGCCACGGGGGCCAUCCUGAGGGCCUCGGGCCGAGACAUGUUCUACAUGCCUCAUGGAAUCACCACGGACCAGGAGGACCACUACUGGGUCACCGAUGUGGCUCUGCACCAGGUGUUGAAGGUGAGCAGUGAUGGGCGGGGCCGGCAGCUGCUGGCUCUGGGCGAGGCCUUCACUCCAGGAAGUGACACGCAGCACUUCUGCCAGCCCACCGACGUGGCCGUGGACCCGGAGACGGGCGCCAUCUUUGUUUCUGAUGGAUACUGUAAUGCCAGAAUCCUGAAGUUCUCACCUGAGGGAGCAUACCUGACCCAGUGGGGAGCAGGCUCGUCCGACCGGAGGCGGCCCGUCCCGUUCCGGGUCCCUCACAGCCUGGUGCUGCUGGCCGACCGGCGCCAGCUGUGCGUGGCCGACCGGGACAACGGGCGCAUCCAGUGCUUCACGGCCCGGACCGGGGCCUUCGUCAAGGAGGUCCAGAGGGAGGAGUUCGGAGGACAGGUGUUCGCCAUCGCCUACAGCCCGGCUGGAGGUGGCUUUAUCUUUGCAGUAAAUGGUGAAUCUCUAUAUCACUCUACUCCACUCAGAGGUUUUGUGAUAGAUUAUUCAACCAUGGAGAUCGUGGAUACUUUCAUGCCAGAGAAAAAGGAGUUUAAAAUGCCUCACGACAUCGUGGAGAGCAGCGAUGGCAGCGUCUUCGUGGGGGACGCAGGCAGCAAGGCCGUCUUCAAGUUCACCUCUGAGAAGUUACAUCGCUCCGUCAAGAAAGCUGGAAUCGAGGUGCAUGAACUUGAUGAAAUAGAGACGUUCGUCCGCACUCGAGUGAGGCCGGAUCACAACAUGUCAGAGAUGGCUGCCGCCCAGGAGAAGCAGACGCUGCAGCCUCAACAGGAGGAGGAGGAGAAGCAGCCAAUCAGAGGGCAGGGAGUCCUCCCAGCCGUCAUCACCAGCCUGCUGCUCAUCCCGCUGAUGCUCGUCGUCUGCAUCGGAGUCUUCAUCUGCUGGAGGAAGAACAACGCAUGUGAGCUGAAGGCUGAGCCCAGUUCUGUGGGAGGGAUCCUGGGAAGAAUAAGAGGUAAAGCCGUGGGCGGUCUGAACCUGGGGAACUUCCUGGCCUCCCAUAAGGGUUACAGCCGCCAGGGCUUCGACCAGCUGAGCACUGAAGGCAGCGACCAGGAGAGGAACAACAGCAGCGACUCUGAGAACGAGGAGUACUCCGCCCUGCCGGCUCCUCCUCCUGCGGCCUCCUCUUAGAGAUUCAUGUUCUUCAUCAUUGUGUAACUGUUGUGUAAGCUGCCAAUCGGAUUGUUUAUAUAUUUAAAGAUAUGUUGUAUAUACAAAUUAUUUAGCAUCAUUUGGACAAUGUAUUGCAUCCUUAUUUAAUAUCUUGACAUCCAGCCUUGUUGACACAUCACAUGUCAGAUCGUCCCCCUCAUCAAACUGGCCUUCUGGGACAGAUGUUUGAGAUCUGGCCUUCAGGCCAGAAUCAAGAAUCUCUUUUAAUCUGUCGUCUGGUUGUGUGCAACAGGUGAACAAAGAUCUGAGUUGUUUUUACUUUAACUUCUACCAAACUUCACCAAAUGACUUUUGAUAUCAUUCAUUUGUUUGAAGACCUCCAGGGCUCGUUGUCAUGGUGACGCGAUGAGCAGCACAGGCGGCUUUCUACCUGUCCGCCCUGUGCACAGUGUACCAACGACUCCUGGCACAACCCACGGGUCAUAUUGAUGGAUCCACAGGCUUCAUGACUCGGAGCCGGGUUAUGAAUGAGGUAUUAUUCAUUGUGAUGAUUAAACAUCUAUCGUUUAUUUUUACUGGACAAAUGCAUCUUACAUCUCUUACAUUCACACAGCGUCCGUUCAAUAGGAUCCUUCACUCAACCUUCAGUGGGCAUGUUGUGCCUUUUUAGUUUUUACUUUUGUAUUCUGCCUUUUCCAGCGCCAUCAUCCCUCAGUGAGAGCGGCGGCCUGUAGGUCCUACAGCCACCGCUCUCACGCAGAGAACAGGAAGAGAGAGAGUGUGUUAGCGUAGCGGUGAAGGUUCUGUCUCCUCAGGUUCAUCACAUGACCAUGACCCCUCCUCACAGCGACACCUGUACCUGACCCCUCCUCACAGCGACACCUGUACCUGACCCCUCAUGACCCCUCCUCACAGCGACACCUGUACCUGACCCCUCCUCACAGCGACACCUGUACCUGACCCCUCAGUGCAUCACAGCACCACGUCUGUCAGACUCUUUGUAUAACUGGCAUGUGAUAGAAAGUCAUUUCCAAAGUUAAGCCAUCUGAUAUUUAUUUUGACACUGGUUUUGCUGCAAGAGGACUAUUUUCAGUAACUGUUAUUUGUGUAAUAAAGUAUCUGCAAAGCAUCA